CAUAUGAACGUGGGAGAGGUGCACUUCCCCUGGAGGGAUCGUAUGAGGGUGGCAGUGGGGUGUGCCGAGGCGCUAGCUGCCAUUCACGCGCACAAGUUCAUUCACCGUGACUUCAAGUCGGCAAAUGUGCUUCUGCGCGAGGAUCUCACUCCAGUGGUGGCUGACUUUGGUGUGGCUCGCACCAUAGAGGACUGGAAAACGCACGUUACAACAGAUGUGGUCGGAUCGGCUGGCUACAUCGACCCAGUCUAUUUCCAGAAUGGCCAACUAAGCCAGAAAUCUGACACCUACGCAUUCGGCAUCUUCCUGUUAGAGCUCAUUUCGGGUUUUCCGCCGAUCAGUGACCUCCCCCAGGGCGAGGUGCACUUCCCUUGGAGGGAUCGUAUGAGGGUGGCUUUGGGGUGUGCUAAGGCACUAGCUACCAUUCACGCACACAACAUUGUUCACCGUGACUUCAAGUCGUCAAAUGAGCUUCUGCGAGAGGAUCUCACUCCGGUGGUGGCUGACUUUGGUUUGGCUCGCACUAUAGAUGACUGGAAAACGCACGUCUCAACGAAAGUGGUUGGAUCUAUGGGCUACAUCGACCCAAUCUAUUUCCAGACUGGCCAACUAAGCCAGAAAUCUGACACCUUCGCUUUUGGCGUGUUCUUAUUGGAGCUGAUGUCUGGCUGCUGCCCCCUCAGUGCACAGUACCAGGAGUUGAGGCAGUUAAUAAUCUCCAAGGAUUUACCCGACCCUUUGUUGGUUAUGGACCCUGCUAUCGAGGGGGAGUGGGCAAGGAGGCCUGCGAUCGUGACCCCCGAUUCAUGUCCAACUUCUGGAAGAAAAUGUGGGAACAGUACUGUACACGUCCAUCUGUCCACUGCUUACCACCCACAGACCGACGGUCAGACUGAACGGACAAAUCAGACCAUGGAGCAACUGAUACGGACAACCUGUACCGACCCGACCCAAUGCGUAGAUUCCCUCCCUCUGAUCGUGUUCGCGUAUAACAACGCCCAUUCGUCAACGACUGCCCAAUCAUUGUUCUACCUGAAUUACGGUCUAAACCCCAUGACUCCCACUACACUGUUACCUAUAACUUCUACAUAACAAUAUAUGUAUAAGUUGACA